UGAAUCGAAUUGCAGUACAUACCAGUCCGGAUCAAUCAUGAAGGAACAACUAUCGACACGUAUGGCCAGUCUUAGCUAAGCUUAGUGUUGUUCGUUUUCUUUCACUUAGAGAAUUGAUCCGCAAUUUAGCCAUUAAAUAUGAAUGCAGUUAGAAACACAUGUCAUCAAAUAGAAAAACAAAACAUCACAUCAGAGUGUUUUCGUUUGCACUAAACGGAAUCAUUUGCCAUAUGUUUCAUUUAACUAACAAUUCUGUUUGAUACCUUCUGCUCAAUUCUAGACGCAUUGAUAUGAUACAGUGUCGUCAGUUGAUAUCCUUCCUCCAAAACACCAUGUUCGCCGGAAUUCGAUCAGGUAACAGGCAGCUGCGUUCGUGGAUCACGUCCAGAAGUUCCACUGUGAGCAACUUUUUCUCGACUGAAGGUCCAGCUGGUGACUGCUUUUGCCUUAUGGAUGCAUUCUUACUGAUAGCAGGAACAGAAAUCCAAAGCGAGAGAACACCCAAAUGGACCUACGGUCGGCAAGUUCGCAUCUUUGUCAACGGAUUGUUCUUCUACCAGUCCGCCGUUACCGCCCUGCAAAUGUUUUAUGUGGGCUAUGGCAAGAACGUCGCCGUCGAUUUCCAAACCAUUUUCAUGAUCACCAAAAUCGUUGGUGUCAUUGCCGUCCUAGCCAAGUGGCUGCUGCUGAUGUUCCAAAAGGACUCGGUCUGCACGGUCCUUAAUUUCAUCACCAGUAAUCGGGUGAAAUCCGGUGACGAUGCUCACGAUGAACUCCCUCAGAAGCAGUUCAACCGCUCGGCUUGCACCAUGAUGCGAAUCAGCUUCGCAAUGACGGCUGCCAAUGCCGUGUUGCUAUUCAUCCCCAGCGAGAUCACCGAACAAGCCCUAGGAAUGCCACCACCGCUCACGUGCUACGGGAAACUGGCAACACGGCUUUUCUACUUGACCUCCACGCAACUGAUGUUCCUUGGAAUCGUGCCAAAGUUUCUCAGCAAUAUGGUCUGCAUCGGGAUGCUUAUCAUGGGAAUGCGUUGCAAACUGGAAAUCCUUGCCCACCGCUACAAAUGUGUACUGAGUCAACCUUUUGUGAAUCCGGAAAUUUACUUUUCGCGAUUGGAACAGGACGUCAGGGAGGUUUUGAAUCAGCAGAUGGAGUAUUGGAGACAUUUCGCCAUACUUCAGACGUUGGUGGAGAAAGCCUUCUUCAUUGCUCAUUUCUAUGCCAUGUACAGUAUCGGAUCUUGUUUGUUCCUAUCCCAUAAAACGGGGUUCAAUUUUCUUUCCGGAACAUUAGUGUCGUUGUCGGUGGCCUACGUACUGAAAUACUACAUGUGGUGUUAUUUAGUGGAUUCAGUUCAGGAUGUUGGCGAUUCGAUUGGUGAUCUGAUAUACGAACAUUGUGCCCAGAUGCCAUACAGUCGGAAGCAUCACUCGCAGUACGUUAGAAUGAAAUCCUCUUUGGUUAUUAUUUGGAUGAACACCAGAACCGGUUACUCGAUGAGUUGCAUGGGAAUGCUCGAAAUCACGACAAAAACAUUCGUUAGCUUUCUAAACGUUGUUUACUCCGUUACGAUGUUCUUAAUUAAUAUGGUUUGAAAUGUGAAUAAAUGCCAUUGUAAAC